GCGAACAGAGAAAGCGAGUAUUCCCUCCCGCCCCUGGCUGGUGUCCUGCUGCACCCCGCGUCCCAGCCCCGAGUCCCAAUCCCUGCUCUUCAGCCCAGUCCCUGCCCCGCCCCGGCCCGGCCGCCAUGGAAAGCUGGCCCUGGCCGUCGGGCGGCGCCUGGCUGCUCGUGGCUGCCCGUGCGCUACUGCAGCUGCUGCGCGCAGACCUGCGUCUGGGCCGCCCGCUGCUGGCGGCGCUGGCGCUGCUGGCCGCGCUCGACUGGCUGUGCCAGCGCCUGCUACCCCCGCUGGCCGCAGUUGCCGUGUUGGCCGCCACCGGCUGGAUCGUGUUGUCCCGCCUGGCGCGCCCGCAGCGCCUGCCCGUGGCGACUCGCGCGGUGCUCAUCACCGGCUGUGACUCUGGUUUUGGCAACGCGACGGCCAAGAAGCUUGACGCCAUGGGCUUCACAGUGUUGGCCACCGUGUUGGAUCUGAAUAGCCCUGGGGCCCUAGAGCUGCGUGCCUGCUGUUCUUCUCGUCUGAAGCUGCUGCAGAUGGACCUGACCAAGCCAGCAGACAUUAGCCGUGUGCUGGAGUUCACCAAGGUCCACACCGCCAGCACAGGUCUGUGGGGCCUGGUCAACAACGCGGGCCAGAACAUCUUUGUGGCAGAUGCAGAGCUGUGUCCAGUGGCCACUUUCCGCACCUGCAUGGAGGUGAACUUCUUUGGUGCACUAGAGAUGACCAAAGGCCUCUUGCCACUGCUGCGUCGUUCGAGUGGUCGAAUUGUGACCGUGAGCAGCCCAGCAGGAGACAUGCCAUUUCCAUGCUUGGCUGCCUAUGGGACCUCCAAAGCAGCCUUGGCAUUGCUCAUGGGCAAUUUUAGCUGUGAACUUCUGCCCUGGGGUGUCAAGGUCAGCAUCAUCCAGCCUGCCUGCUUCAAGACAGAGUCAGUGAAGGACGUGCACCAGUGGGAAGAGCGCAAGCAGCAGCUGCUGGCCACCCUGCCUCAAGAGCUGCUGCAGGCCUAUGGUGAGGACUACAUCGAGCACUUGAAUGGGCAGUUCCUGCACUCUCUGAGCCAGGCCCUGCCAGACCUCAGCCCGGUGGUAGAUGCCAUCACCGAUGCGCUGCUGGCGGCCCAGCCACGCCGCCGCUAUUACCCAGGUCAUGGCCUGGGGCUCAUAUACUUCAUCCACUACUACCUGCCCGAGGGUCUGCGGCAGCGUUUCCUGCAGUCCUUCUUCAUCAGUCCCUAUGUGCCGAGAGCACUACAGGCUGGCCAGCCUGGCCUUACCUCUGCCUGGGACAUAGCCCAGGACCAAGGCCCUAGACUGGACCCUUCUCCCACUGCCCAGUGAGCAGGUCACACGUAGAGCAGCUCCAGCAGAGGAGGUUCCUUGUGCCCUUGCUCCUCCUCCAGGUAUUCUGACCCCCAAGGUCUGCCCUAGAGCCUGGCCCAAAGGACCCCACCCCAUGCACU